AUGGAAGCGCACAAGGGUCCGGUACCGGUGGUGGGGGGAAGAAGCGGGCUAUCACACCCAAGCAUCGUAGGAGAUGUCAAGAAUAUGGCUGCAGAGCACACUAGCGGUCAGGGCGAGGAGGCUUUAAAAGAUGUAGUGUGCGGAUCAGUCGCCGGAGUGAUUGGAAAGUACAUCGAGUACCCCUUCGACACUGUCAAGGUUCGCCUGCAGUCACAGCCAGACAACAUGCCGCUACGGUACACUGGGCCACUGGACUGCUUCAAGAAGUCUCUACAAAGAGACGGCUUCUUCGGCAUAUACAGAGGCAUCAGUGCUCCUCUGGUCGGCGCUGCGGUCGAGACUAGUUCGCUAUUCUUCAGUUACCGCCUAGCUGGUGAUGCGCUCAAGUCGUCAGGCUUCUACCCCGAAUUGAAGAAGCAUCCGGAACGAGAUCUCCCCUAUGUUGGCAUGCUCUAUUGCGGAAUGGCCGCUGGAGCUAUCACCUCCAUUUUCCUCACCCCAAUCGAACUUGUCAAGUGCAAGAUGCAGGUCCCACUUGAAAAGCCUGGUGGUAUUAUCACUGCACCUACUAUUCCAGGCGUGAUCGCGUCCAUCUAUCGCCACCAAGGUCUUGCGGGCUAUUGGCAUGGCCAACUUGGAACUUUCAUCCGCGAGACGGGAGGUGGUGCGGCAUGGUUCGGUGGCUACGAAGGCAUGAAGAUGAUUUUCAAGCGGAGGGAUGGCUCGAUAGAGAGCGAUGAGGAUCUUGCUGUAUGGCAGCGCAUGGUUUCGGGAUCUGCCGCCGGUGCAGCCUACAACUUCAUGUUCUAUCCGGCUGAUACAGUCAAGUCAAGGAUGCAGACGGAAGAUGUCAAGCAAUUGACAGGCGGCAAAUUGUCCUUCAGUUCAGUAGGGAAAGCGCUAUGGAAGCAACACGGGAUCAAGGGCAUGUAUCGCGGAUGCGGCAUUACGGUUGCUCGGUCGAUACCCAGCUCAGCGUUCAUCUUCACUGUAUAUGAGGAAUUGAAGAAGCGUUGGUCAGAUCGACGAGGGGAUGCUAUUACUCAUUUCUCACUUGCCGCGCACACCCGAAGUCAGCGAGGCAGUACAGUCCAAGGUAAAGGCAAAAACGUCGUAGCCGUCGCGCGUACCGAGGCACGUUUGAAGCUUGCGCGCAAACAACACACAUACACCACACAUUGCCCUGAUGGACCGGCUGCGCUUGAGAAGAUUGUACUAGAUCCCAAGUAUCAUGACAUUCUGACACUGGUGAAAGGUGUGCGGAAUGGCAUUGUAUAUGGGAGUAAAGUGCGGUUUCCGCAUGCGCUUGUUAUGAUAUUCCUCUUUCGCUCAGGAACCCUCCGAUCAAAAGCCACACUUGUCUACAAAGCCACCCGGCAACACGCCCGCAAUCUUGGCCUCUUCGCCUUCGUUUACAAAUCAGCCAUGCUCUUCCUACGCCACACCUCUCCCACAGGCAAAGAACGCCACUACGACGCCUUCCUCGCCGGUCUCCUCGGCGGUUACACCGUCUUCGGACGUACGAUCCACAACUCUGUUUCCCAACAGAUUGUCAUAUACGUCGCUGCACGUGUGUGUCUCGCGUUAGCCAAACUCGCUGUACAACCGCGCCCCGUUGGUGGAGCCGGCGCACAUGGUGCAGUCAAGGGUCAGGCCGGAGGCUGGGAGUUGUUUGGUAAUGGGGAUCUGAGGAGGACAAUGGCGAAGAAUGGGUGGCCGGUAUUUGCUAGCCUGAGUUGGGCCAUGGUCAUGUACAUUUUCAGGUGGCAUCCCGAGAGUGUGCAGAGUAGUUUGAGGAGUAGCAUGAGCUAUAUUUAUGUGCAAUCGGACGAAUGGGAUUCGUUGAGGACAUUACUCUGGCAUAAUAAAUGA